GGUGUGCCUGAGAAGUUUAUUAACAUCCUAAACGCCCUAUACACAAAUACCUCGGGUAGAGUGAGGGCAUACAACCACCUCUCUCCAUUGUUCUAUUCGAGCAGUGGGGUUAGACAGGGUUGCCCAAUCUCAUCAUUCCUCUUCAACUUUGCCAUCGAUGACAUUCUGGAAACAGCUCUGAUGAAUGUAAGUAAUGGUGGUGUGGAUCUGUUGCCUGGAGAAAGACUUCUCGACCUUGAGUAUGCGGAUAAUAUUGUCUUACUGUGCGAUAAUGCCCAAGCCAUGCGAUCCUCACUUAAUCAGUUGGCAAUCAAUGUCCGUAGGUAUGGUAUGUGCUUUGCACCUUCGAAGUGCAAGGUACUUCUACAAGACUGGCAGGAUUCUAAUCCUGUACUCACUCUGGAUGGUGAGCAGAUAGAAGUAGUCGAGAAGUUCGUGUAUCUGGGUAGCUGCAUAAGUGCUGGUGGUGGCUUGAGUGAUGAGAUCAAUGCAUAUAUAGUGAAAGCCAGAGCGACUUAUGCCAAUCUGGGCCAUCUUUGGCGCCUUCGUGAUGUUAGUCUGGCUGUAAAAGGUCGGAUUUACAACGCGUCGGUGAGAGCAGUUUUGCUCUAUGCUUGUGAAACCUGGUCUCUCCGAGUUGAGGAUGUUAGACGACUCUCUGUGUUCGAUCAUCGCUGUCUCCGAAGGAUUGCUGACAUCCAGUGCCAACACCAUGUUAGUAAUGCAGAGGUUCGGCAUCGUGUGUUCGGGCACAGAGACGAUAAUGCAAUUGGUGUCAUCAUCUCGAAGAACCGACUUCGGUGGCUUGUACAUGUUCUCCGAAUGUCGUCCCAGAGAAUUCCACGUCGUGCAUUAUUUGCCGACGGUAGGACUGGUUGGAAGAAGCGAAGAGGUAGUCAGUGUAUGAUAUGGUGUCGGGGUAUGAAAGAAAGCUUCAAAGGGCUGGAUCCUGUUGGUUCUUCACGACUCCCUGACGGGUCCGAGAGAUGGUGCUACACAGUGGCUAGAGACGUUAUCAGAUGUGGCUCAGAAUGUAGGCCAGUGGCGAUCCUGUUGUAACCUUCUUUUACUUUCUUCAUAAAUGUGGUUGUAUCUUCCUUAACUGAAAGGUUUCUUCUGGUUGUACCUUUCCGUUUCCCCCAUUAUUAUUAUUAUUAUUAUUAU